AUGCAUCACCAACAAAACGCAGAAAAUGUCGUUCUAGUCUUCGGGCCACAGGCCAUUCCAUCACAGAAUAUUUCAUUUCGAGGCCUCGGGGCGAAUGGCGUGGGUUCCUCGGCACUUCAAUGGGUCGAAGAUGUUAUUGCUGAACUCCCCGACCGAUUCGACGAGAUCAGCGAGGAAAUUCCCGAGCUUGGUGUUGUGCCAGGUGCUUCGUUGCUAAGAUCGCUGUAUCAACAAAUGAAGACAGGGCCCUUGGAAAGCAUAAAAAAGAAGUCACAUCAGCCAAAUAUUGUGCUGACGCCUCUUGCUGUUAUUGUACACCUGGCAGCGUACACAGGAGGAGUCGAACAGAGACAUCAUGGAUCGGGAUUCGGGUCGUGGGAAAGGAACGAAGAGAAAUCUUUGAAAGCUUCCAAUGUUGUGGGCCUCUGUACUGGUCUGCUGGCUGCACUGGUGGUAUCCCUCAGUCGGAGUUCAGAGGACAUCCAAAAAUAUGGGGCUACUGCUGUUCGGCUCGCCAUGGUCAUUGGAGCUGCUGUCGAUGCUGAAGAUGCUCGGAACGCUCAAUCAAGCUCUUUUUCGGCGACUUGGAGAUCCCCCGAUGGCCUCACAAUCUUUGAGGAAAUAAUGGCACGAUAUCACGGUGCAUACAUAUCGGUUCACUCCGACGAGAACAGAGCCACUAUAACAGCUUCAAGGGAGAAUGUCAAUGAGAUGAUGAAGCUCAUGACCGCUGUCGGGAUAUCAGUGGUAAAGAUUCGGCUCUCAGGCCGGUUCCACUCCCAAUGCCACCAGCUAGUUGCAUCCCAACUGCGUAAAUAUUGCGAAUCGAAUCCAGACUUUCGGUUCCCGGAGGCAUCCGAUUUCCAGAUACCCUGUUGGACAGACGUCGAUCCCACAAGGCGGGAGAUUCGUGGGGGCAACCUAACAUCCAUCGCUUUGGAUGCGAUCUUAGUUCAGAGAUCGGACUGGUUGACAACAUUCAUGCAGUUGACCACGCUUCCAGGAAAGAAGAAAAUUAUCGUUCUCAGUCCGGAGAAUUGUGUACCACCCUCAGUGGGGAACAAUCUACCCGCAGACUGCCGGAUCGUCUAUGAAAGAACAUCGUUCAAUACAGACGAUAGUUCAUCGCAGGCAUCACCCACAAAUGAAAACGAGGUUGCAGUGGUCGGGAUGGCCUGCAAAGUGGCUGGGGCCGACGAUAUUGGCGAGUUUUGGGAUAUUCUGUGUAAAGGGCAGUCACAGCAUAUCGAGGUUCCGCAGUCUCGUUUGAGAUUCGAGACGGCAUAUCGAGAUUUCGACCAGAACAGGAAGUGGUAUGGCAAUUUUAUGAAGGACCAUGAUUGUUUCGAUCACAAAUUCUUCAAAAAGACACCUCGAGAGGCAGCAUCGAUGGAUCCACAGCAGAGGGUGCUUUUGGAGAUCGCGUACCAGAGUGUUGCACAGUCAGGCUACUUCCAGAAGCCUACACCCCCGGAAAGUGUCGGUUGCUUUAUUGGUACAUGCGCCGUCGAUUAUGAGUGCAACGUGGCCUGCCACGCCCCAAACGCAUUUUCAUCCACGGGCAAUCUUCGUGGUUUCAUAGCAGGCAAAGUGAGCCACUAUUUCGGCUGGACUGGCCCUGCGCUCACACUAGACACUGCUUGUUCGGGUGCUGCCGUGGCCGUGCACCAGGCAUGCAAAGCCAUUCUUUCUGGGGAAUGCGAUUAUGCAUUGGCAGGUGGCGUUAAUAUGAUCACCCAGCCGUUGGCGUAUCAAAACCUGGCUGCCGCGUCAUUUUUGAGUCAGACUGGUCAAUGCAAACCAUUCUGCGUCGAAGCAGAUGGAUACUGCCGCGGAGAGGGUGUUGCGGCUGUGUUUCUUAAAAAGAAAUCAGCCGCUCUCGCUGACGGUGAUCAAAUAUUUGGUGUGGUUUCCGGUACAGCAGUAUCUCAAAACCAGAACUGCACGCCGAUAUUUGUCCCCAAUGCCCCAUCUUUAGCUGGGCUGUUUCAAGGUGUUCUAGGAAAAGCUGGCGUGCAAUCAGGCGAAAUCUCAUAUGUCGAAGCACACGGAACGGGUACUCCGGUGGGAGAUCCUGCAGAGUAUGAGAGCGUAAGUCAGGUUUUUGCUGCUGCUAAACGGUCACAGCCUGUUCAAUUGGGCUCGGUGAAGGGACUCAUCGGGCACACCGAAAGUUCUUCUGGUCUUGUGUCGCUGAUCAAGGUACUUCUGAUGAUGCACCAUAGCAGGAUUGUCCCACAACCAAGCUAUCAGCGUCUGAGCCCACAAAUCAAGGCGCACCGUUUGUUGGAGAUUUCGAAGUCCUGGAAGCCCUGGCCAAACCGCUGCAAGGCUGCGCUUAUCAACAAUUAUGGCGCCUCGGGUUCUAAUGCGUCCAUGAUCGUGAAGAGUUUUGCACUCAAUGAAGACCCAAUUCCCACAUUUCAAGAGGGCCAGAAAUACCCAUUAUGGAUUUCAGCGUCUGGCGAUAAAGCCCUGGGGGCCUACAUCGACAAGCUUGGAGAGUAUUUGGAGCGACUGGCUUUAGAGACCAGCACCAAUUUUAUCAGGGACAUGUCAUUCAAUCUUUGUCGGCAAUCGAAUCCGAAACUACCCAAAGCCAUGUUGCUAAGUUGCUCGACCGUUGAAGAGUUGCAGAGCAAACUAAGAGAGGAGUCACCGUUGACUGAAAUAAAAUCUUCGAGGCCGUUGAUACUUUGUUUUGGCGGGCAAAUCUCCACUUUUGUUGGCUUGAAUCACAGCAUUGUCGCAACAACGACCAUUCUGCGCACUUAUUUGGAUAUUUGCGACAGAACAUCGAAAGCGUUGGGACUCGAUGGCAUAUACCCAGACAUAUUUCAAAAGACGCCAAUCCUGGAUGUUGUCAAGCUUCAGCUCUGUCUCUUCUCUUCGCAGUAUGCGUCGGCAAUGAGCUGGAUUGACUGUGGCAUUCAACCUACAGCUCUAAUUGGCCAUAGCUUUGGCGAGCUGACUGCAUUGUGUAUUUCAGGUAUUUUGAGUCUCCGUGACACAAUUCGUAUGGUAACAGGCCGUGCCCGCAUCGUGAGGGAAAAUUGGGGACCGGAGAAGGGUGCUAUGCUAGCAGUCAAGGCUGACCCAGAUCAGCUCGAGAAUAUUUUAUCGGCAAAUGCCUUGACUGAGCAUCCAGUAACGGUGGCCUGUUACAAUGGACCGAGAAGCUUCACGCUCGCAGGGAAAUCCGAGGCAAUUGAAGCGACAGUUGCGCACAUCGAAAAAGAAGAAUUAUCUUCCUCUAUACGGUCAAAGAGACUAAACGUCACGAAUGCGUUUCACUCUGCCCUUGUUGACGGUCUGGCGUCGGAUAUAGCGCGCUUGGCCUGCGAUCUGAAAUUCAACAAGCCAAACAUCCCGAUAGAAUUUGCGACAAAGGAUAGAUAUAGCCAGAGUAUAGGUCCAGGGUUCAUCUUCCAUCACAUGAGAAACCCAGUGUAUUUUCACCAUGCCGUCCAGAGGAUCUCGAAAAGUCAUGGUUCUUGCGUCUGGCUCGAGGCUGGCUGCAGCUCAACCAUCACUCAAAUGGCCAGCCAAGCCCUCGGAGGACCUGGGGCGAAUUUGCAUUCCUUCGUGCCAAUGGACAUGUUGACUGGCGAAUCCUUGACGAACCUGACCCAUGCAACCAUCAACCUCUGGGAAGCUGGAAUCGUCUCAACCUUCUGGCAACAUCAUUCAUCACAGACUAGGGAAUAUCCCCCCAUGAUAUUGCCGCCGUAUCAAUUCGAAAAGUCACGACAUUGGUUAGAAUUGAAAGUUCCGUCGCCGGCUGCUGCAGACAUCGUCGAGACGGCAAAGAAAGAAGGUCUUUGGUCAUUCGAGGGACACUUGGACAAUGACAAGCGUUCAAUCCGUUUCCGGGUCCUAUGUGAGUCGGAACAAUACAAAGCGAUUGUCUCCGGUCAUGUAAUUGCCCAAACUGCUGCAAUUUGCCCAGCCACACUGGAAGUGGAUAUGGCAAUCGAUGCUCUCAUGAGUGUGCAACCCAAGCUGAAAGCAGAUGGUCUGCAGCCACAGAUUUUGAAAGUUGAGAAUCAAGCACCUCUCUGCUUUGACUCAUCGCGAGCUGUAUGGCUAGAUGUGACCGCAAAUGAUGCCGGUUCAGAGCCAAGUCGAGAGUGGUCUUGGAGACUCUCAAGUGAAAAGAUCGACAAGAACUCGACGGCGACAACGCAUGUGACUGGCGAAAUAGUGUUCAUCCAUGCGAAUGAUGUGCAACUCCAAGCCGAAUUCGCUCGCUACGAGCGUUUGGUGACCCAUCAGCGCUGUGGUGAGCUCCUCUAUGGAAACGAUCCUGGUGAUGACGUUGUACAAGGCUCCAAUAUUUACAGGCUAUUUGAUGAGGUUGUUGAGUACGGCCCACGAUUCCAAGGCCUGAAUAGGCUGGUGGGAAGGAAAUCGACAAAUCAAUCAGCUGGACGAGUGACCAAAAGAUAUGCCGCUGGCACCUGGCUUGAUGCUGAACUUUCCGACUGCUUCAGUCAAGUGGGCGGAAUAUGGGUCAACUGUAUGACUGGGAAGGCCACCGGGGAAAUGUAUAUUGCCAAUGGCUUUGAGAAAUGGGUGCGCUCCCCAAAGCUGCUUCGUGGCACACCCCGGCCUGAAACAUGGGACAUUCUGGCAUGCCACGAGAGACGCGGAAACAAUGCUUUCUUGACCGAUAUAUUCAUCUUUGAUCCCAGACAAGGGAUUUUGGUCGAAAUGAUACUAGGCAUCAACUUCGCCAAGAUAUCGAAGUUAUCAAUGAGCAAGCUACUAAGCCGACUCUCAGUCGAUACCAAAGCAACAUGUUUGAGCGAACCAGCAGAUGUUGUUUCGAUGGCGCAGAGGGCGAAAGAUAAUGCGUCCGCUAACAAGGUAGCUCCGACGGAAUUCUCUGCAACCAGUGUGGUAUCAAAAGUCAGACUAAUCCUUGCGGAUCUGUCUGGUCUGGAUGCGACCGACAUAAAGGAAGAAGCCCAUCUAGCAGACAUUGGGAUUGACUCGCUCAUGGGUAUGGAGCUCGCACGCGAGCUAGAAGGGGCAUUCAGUUGCACUUUGUCAACAGAUGCCUUGAUGGAUGUCUUCAGCUUCGAGGGUCUCGUCCAAUGUAUUCAGCAGACACUUGGCUUAUCGGAAAUCAGUGACAGCUCCGACGCAAAUCCGACUUCGCUAGAUGUAGUCGACACUCCGCAGACUUCAACGGGAGAUGCCGCAUGUGACUUGGAAGAAUCAACCAAGACUAAAAUAGUGCAGCCAACGACGACAGAACCAAACACGCUUCUCUUGAAUGCCACCCACCAAGGGCAUCUUGAAUGCUCUGCGUCGGUGGUACUUGAAGCUUUCGCUGAAUGCAAAGCCCUCACGGAUCGAUUCAUAGAAGAGGAACACUGCCAAAACUACCUAGAAUUGGUCAUGCCGAGACAAACAGAGCUUUGUGUCGUUCUUGCUUUGGAGGCCUUCGCCGAAUUGGGUUGUGACCUGCGUUUAGCGAGGGCCGGACAAGAGCUGAAGCGAAUCAAACAUAUUCCGUCCCUGCAAGGGCUCGUUGACUAUCUGUACGAAAUGCUCGAGAAGGAAUCCGCUAUCAUCGAAAGUCACGGAUCUAUCAUCUUGCGCACUUCGAUAGCAGCGCCCAGGGAGUCAAGUGCCGCCAUACUGCAAGACCUUCUCGAUUCGUUUCCAGAGCACAAGUAUCCCCAUAUGCUGACGCAUUUCGCUGGUUCCAGGCUUGCCGACGUCUUGUCGGGCCGAUCGGAUGGCAUCAAGGUCAUAUUUGGAACAGAGGAAGGAAGAAAACUUGCUUCCGGCCUCUAUGCCGAUUCACCCUUGAACAAGCUCUCGUAUAUGCAUAUGCGAGACUUUGUAUCACGGCUUGUCUCAAGGCUGGGGAGCCAGAAUGGCCCUUUGAAAAUCCUUGAGUUAGGGGCUGGAACUGGGGGGACCACCAAGUGGAUAGUCCCACUUUUAGCGGAGCUCGAGAUCCCCGUCGAGUAUGUCUUCACCGAUCUCUCGCCGUCGUUUGUCGCAGCGGGGAGAAAGAGAUUUUCGAAGACAUUCCCAUUCAUGAGCUUCAGAGCAUUGGAUGUUGAAAAGGAGCCCGAUCAAGAGCUCCUCGGGAGCUACCAUAUGGUGCUGGCAAGUAACGCCAUACACGCCACUCACAGUUUGAAGAAAUCACUCGGCAAUAUCAGAAAAACCCUUCGUGCUGAUGGAUUCGUUAUGCUCCUUGAGAUGACGAGGACAAUUUAUUGGGUAGAUAUGAUCUUUGGACUCCUGGAGGGCUGGUGGCUGUUCGAUGACGGACGCCAGCAUGCAAUUGCUCCCCAGUCUCGAUGGCAAGAAGACUUUCUGGCGGCUGGGUUCAGCCAUGUUGAUUGGUCAGAUGGCAGUCACGCAGAGGCGACAAUCCAGCGUGUCUUUUUAGCCUUGAAUGGCGAAGCCGACAUCAAGAAAGGGACCAUUACGGAUGUCCAAGCACGACAAAAGAUGAUCGACGACUAUGUGCAGCAGUAUACUGAGGACUUUUCGAUGCCAGUUUCGCCUCUAGGAUGUUCUGUCGCGAAGCAAAACCUUUGCAUCUUGGUGACUGGAGCGAGCGGGAGCCUGGGCUCGCAUAUAGUUGCACAUCUUUCGCAGCUCCCGCAAGUGAAGACCGUAAUAUGUCUGAAUCGGAAAGGUAGGGUGGAUCCACGCAAGCGGCAGGUUGAGGCCAUGGAAUCUCGAGGAAUCGAAGGAACAGACAUUGCUAAUAUUGAAGUAAUUGAAACCGACACUGCUGAUGCGGAGCUUGGACUAAGUCAGAAUCAUUACAACCAACUCAAAGCAACGAUUACGCACAUUGUCCACAACGCAUGGCCAAUGAGUGGGAAGCGGCCCUUGAAGGACUUUGAAAGCCAGUUCAAAGUCAUGCGAAAUCUCUUAGAUCUCGCUAGCUCGGCAGGCUCCACGCAGAGACGGAUGAUCGGCUUUCAAUUUAUAUCGUCCAUCGCAGUUGUUGGACACCGACCCACAAUGACUGGUGCUGCACUUGUUCCAGAGGAGCGAAUCGAAACAGCCGCGGCAGUGCUUCCCACUGGAUAUGGCGAUGCGAAGUGGGUGUGUGAGCGUAUGCUCGAUGAGACGUUGCAUAAGCAUCCGGAUAGCUUCCGAGUGAUGACAGUUCGCCCGGGGCAGAUUGCUGGCUCGAGGACGAGCGGCUAUUGGAACCACAUGGAGCACGUUAGCUUCAUUAUUCAAUCCUCGCAAACCAUCAUGGCUUUCCCCAAGUUCGACGGUACCGUGUCCUGGACUCCAGUCAACGAUGUAGCCGCUGCAGCUUGCGAUCUUCUCGUCCAUCAUGACAGUCCAUCCUAUCCGAUAUACCACAUUGACAAUCCUGUGAGACAGCCAUGGGGUGACAUGGUACCGAUUUUGGCCGAGGCCAUUGGUGUUGAGCUCGUUUCCUUCGAGGAAUGGCUGAGGAGGGUUCGCUGCUGUCCAUCUGCGGUCGCAUCUGAGAAUCCUGCAGCCAAGCUCAUCGAGUUUUUCGACCAAGACUUUGCACGCAUGUCAUGCGGAGGAUUGCUGCUCGAUACGGCCCGAGCAUGUGAGCACUCUGAAUCACUCAGAGCGGUCGGGCCUGUCACUCCAAACCUGGUCCGGAAAUACAUUGAAGCAUGGAAGUUGGCUGGCGUUUUGAAGUGA